CUCAACGCGAGAACGAAAAGCUGUGCACAAAUCCCACUGACGCUCCGACCUCCGCCUUGUCCAUCAUUAGACCGGCCCAAAGUUGUCCAAUUAUUACUCUUCGAAACAGCAGCACCCGGCCAAUUUUCGGAUCGUCCCCCCCAGGCAGAUCUUAUUCGGAGCACCACCCUGGGAGCUAACCGACGAGAUCGCCAAGGCCGACAGGUGACGCAUGCGGUUGUCGGGAUUCCCAUUUCGCUGACGGCCCAACGCGACGACACACGCCGCCCCUUUGUUUGUUGGACCUUAUAGCGAAGAGCGACGGAUAUCGUUGGUAUACAAUAGCCAUAUUGCCCAGGCCGCAAUUUGAUGGGCCGGCCUCUCAAAUUGGUCACUGAACUAUGGCUCCACGACAAGGACGUUACCAACCCGCCCGCGAAUUCCACGUUGUUGUACUUGGCGCAGGCGGUGUUGGCAAGAGCUGCCUCACUGCUCAAUUCGUGCACAACGAAUGGAUCGAGAGUUAUGAUCCCACCAUUGAAGACUCGUACCGGGCUCAGGUGGCAGUCGAUGGCCGUCAGGUAGUUCUAGAGAUCCUGGAUACUGCCGGAACCGAACAAUUUGUCGCCAUGCGAGAUUUAUACAUGAAAACUGGCCAGGGGUUCCUUCUCGUCUUCAGCAUCACAUCCGCCUCUUCACUGACGGAGCUUGCUGGGCUUCGCGACGAGAUCAUCCGCAUUAAGGACGAUGAAAACGUGCCGAUAGUCAUCUGCGGCAACAAGGCUGAUCUCGAGGACCAACGGUGUGUGCCUCGCACCAAGGGCUUUUCCAUUUCGCAACGAUGGGGGGCACCUUACUAUGAAGCCAGCGCAAGGACAAAGACCAAUGUUGAUGAGGUUUUCAUCGACUUGUGCCGGCAAAUGCUCCGCAAGGAUGAUGCCGGAGAGGGCUACCUCGAAGAAGACAAAGAAUACGAUCCGUAUUCCAUCUCUUACUACAAGAAGAAAAGGAAGCAGAGAAGAUCCGACCGCGACAGAGAUCCGCACCGGCCAAAAUGCGUCAUCCUAUGACCGGCCUCCAAAGAAGAAGCCGCGUCGAACGCGGAAAACGAGAACCACUGAUUUCGCGCAUAUUCUCUGGCCGAAAUUGUCCUUGUAUUUGAAAGGGCUAUUGGAUUCAGCCUACUUAGACUGGUGGCAGACUUUUGUGUGUGGUUUUUCUGACCUGGGGGCUGGAAUUUUCACAGACCUCGCCAUCAUACCCCUGUCACGCGCAUCAUGAUGUUCAGCCAGCAAGCACUCGGUUGCUAGCUUGUCCUUGCAGCAUGUUUCUUUUUCCUGGGCGACAUUUUCACCCGUUUCAUACAAAACGGCGGAUCGGAAGGAAAGCUUUCUGACUGAGAAAUUUCCACUAGCAUGUUGAAGUUAGGGAAGCCUUCUAUUUUGUGUGUUUUUACUAUUCGUGGUAUGACCUGACUUGGAGGAGUUGUUUUUCCCC